UCUCCUUCUUCUUCGUCCUUUCAAUUCAUCUUUAUGAUCCUAAUCUACCUGAUCCUCCUCAUUCAUCCUAGGAUCGAUGCUUAAAUCUCCCUCCUCGUCUCUUUCAAACCGAAGUCCUCUGCACUUGGUUCCUCUCUGAUUUGUGUUUCAGGAUACUUUCAACUCUUUGAACAGAUCAAUUUUGAUAGCUUGAUGAAAGAAAACCCUCAUGUUUCGAAAUCACUUCCUACGAUCCGGAGGGAAAUUAAAUUCAAGUUCAAAUCCCUUUUGACGGUAUGUUUUCAUAGCAAACAUCACUAUAACGUUUCGUAAUAAUUCAUAUCGAGCUUUGAUGGCGACAUCGUGUUUUCAUCCACUUCGACUACGAAAGUGGAAGAGGAAAACGUUAUUACCGGCGGCUUCUUCUUCUACCUCUUCUUCUUCUUCUUCUUCUUCUUCGUCGUCGUCGUCAAAGAGGCAGUUGAAUUGCGAUGGUGGGGAGAAUUUGGAAAGGAAGAGAUUCGACAGCGUGGAAUCAUGGUCCAUGAUACUGGAGUCUGAGAAUUUGGAGACGUGGGAGGCUUCGAAGGAGGAUCAGGAAGAAUGGACCGCCGAUCUUUCUCAGCUUUUUAUAGGAAACAGGUUCGCUUCCGGCGCUCACAGUCGGAUUUAUCGCGGCAUUUACAAGCAGAGAGCCGUGGCUGUGAAAAUGGUUAGAAUUCCGACUGAGAAUGAUGACAAAAGGACUUUACUGGAGCAGCAAUUUAAAUCCGAAGUUGCUUUACUUUCACGUCUCCUUCAUCCUAAUAUAGUGCAGUUUAUUGCAGCUUGUAAAAAACCACCAGUGUACUGUAUCAUAACAGAAUACAUGUCACAAGGAAAUCUGAGGAUGUACCUGAACAAAAAAGAGCCACACUCUCUUUCAACCGAAACUAUACUAAGAUUAGCUCUCGACAUAUCUAGGGGUAUGGAGUACCUUCAUUCACAAGGUGUGAUUCACAGAGACCUCAAGUCAAAUAACUUGCUUCUCAAUGAUGAGAUGAGGGUUAAGGUUGCAGAUUUUGGCACAUCAUGCCUUGAAACACGAUGCCUGGAGAAUAAAGGUAACAUGGGGACAUAUCGUUGGAUGGCCCCGGAGAUGAUCAAGGAAAAACCAUAUACUCGAAAAGUGGAUGUUUAUAGUUUUGGAAUUGUGCUUUGGGAGCUCAUGACCGCCUUACUUCCUUUCCAAGGAAUGACCCCUGUGCAAGCUGCAUUUGCUGUGUCUGAGAAGAACCAAAGGCCACCAUUGCCGGAAAGUUGUCAGCCGGCACUUGCACAUCUGAUAAAGCGUUGCUGGGCGGCAAAUCCCUCGAAGCGGCCGGAUUUCAGUGAGAUUGUGUCUGUUUUGGAAAAGUAUGAUGAAUGUGUCAAGGAAGGCCUACCUCUCACUCAUUAUUCAGCCUUCGUCACUAAAAAUGUCAUCAUUCAACGCUUAAAAGGUUGUGUGUCCAUGAGUUCCUCUGUACCUGUACAUGCCUGAUUUAUCCGCUUCCAUCUGUAAGCUACAUAUAUAUCACUUCAAUCUGUAUAUCUUGUUCAUUAGCUUGUACAUGCUUCAAUGUUUCUUCCAACUGUAUUAUGUAAAUGCAACUUAUAAGGCUUUUUUC